CCAAAGUUUCAGAAGAAGAAUGUUUUGUGCCUAACUUUUCUUCCUUUUCAAAUUUUGUAGACAAGAUGGCUACGAAAAUUAUCAAAUCCGGUGGGGCUGAGCCCGAUGCCUUUGAAACACAAGUUGCCCAAUCUUUGCUUGAGCUGGAAAUGAACUCUGAUUUAAAAGCUCAGCUUAGAGAAUUGCAUAUUACAAAAGCUAGAGAAAUUGAAUUAAAUAAUAAGAAGAGCGUAAUUAUCUACGUUCCAAUGCCAAAAUUGAAACAAUUCCAAAAAAUUCAAACUAGGCUAGUACGUGAAUUGGAAAAGAAGUUCAGCGGCAAACACGUAGUAUUUGUAGGUGAAAGAAAAAUUUUACCUAAACCAACAAGAAAAACUCGUGCUGCCAACAAACAAAAAAGACCAAGGUCUCGUACAUUGACUUCAGUAUAUGAUGCUAUCUUAGAAGAUCUUGUAUUCCCUGCAGAAAUUGUAGGCAAGAGGAUUCGUGUAAGAUUAGAUGGAUCACAACUCAUUAAAGUUCAUUUGGACAAAAACCAACAAACUACUAUUGAACAUAAGGUUGAUACUUUUGCUUCAGUUUACAAGAAGCUUACUGGCAGGGAAGUAACCUUCGAAUUUCCAGAACCCUAUUUGUAAAUUGACAGUUAAUAAAUAAUUGAAAAUUUU